GCUGGCCGUCGCCUGCCUCUGCCUGUGGCCCUGCCUGUGGCCCGGUCUGCGGCCCCUCGCGCACGCCGCGCCCUCCUACCGGGACCGGGACUUCGUGUCGCAGGACUUGAUCAAGUACCUGAUGACGUACGGCUACAUGAAGAAGGUGGACUUGAGCCUACCGUUCCUCCGCUCGCAGGACGAGCUGAGGGAAGCCAUCAAGCUCAUGCAGGCGUACUCCGGGCUCCCCGUGUCGGGGCGAGUGAACCGCGCCACGGAGGCCCUGGUGCACCGGCCGCGCUGCGGGCAGCCCGACAUCGACCCCGAGCACCACCCGUCCAGGGCCAAGCGGCACCACCACGGCGAGGCCCGCGGCGAGGCCCCUGGACACCGACGGCGAGCGCGUCGCUACACCAUCACCGCCAACAAGUGGCCCUCCACUAACGUCACCUGGAGCCUCCAGAGCCACAUCCCCGUCGGCAUGGACCGCGGCCGCGUGCGCCGCGAGCUCCACGACGCCCUCAACGUCUGGGCCAGCGUCUCCAACCUCACCUUCAGGGAGCAGCGCGCUGACGCCGAGAUAGAGGUGUCCUUCAAGCGCCUGGCCCACAACGACGGCUUCGACUUCGACGGGCGCGGCAACAUCCUGGCGCACGCCUUCUUCCCCGGCGACGGCGUGGGCAUCAACGGCGACGUGCACUUCGACGAGGACGAGCAGUGGUUCAUGCUGGACGACGGCCCUGGCGCGGACGGCGGCAUCAGCCUGUUCGCGGUGGCGGCGCACGAGUUCGGCCACUCGCUGGGGCUGUCCCACUCGUCCGUGCCGGGCGCCCUCAUGACGCCGCACUACCAGGAGCUGCCGCGCGACUUCCAGCUGCCCGAGGACGACAUGCACGGCAUCAUGCAGAUCUACGGCACCAAGGGCCGCCUGUGGGACCGCAUCAAGCCGUACACCCCGGACCCGGACGCGGGGGGCUCGCCCCGGGACAGGGAGCCCGGCGGGGGCUGGCCCGGCGCCCCCACCACCGCGCAGCCGCCGCACUCGCCGGGCAGGAAGCGGCCGGACAAGCCCGACAAGCCCGACACCUGCAACACGGCCUACGACACGGUGGCCGUCAUCCGCAGGGAGGUCUUCAUCUUCAAGGACCAGUAUCUCUGGCGCAUCGGGGACAGGGGCCUGGAGCAGGGCUACCCCGCCGAGAUCAAGCGGCUGUGGGGCGGCUUGCCGCAGAACUUCACCCGCGUCGAUGCGGUGUACGAGAGGAGCGACAGGAAGAUAGUGUUCUUUAUUGGCAAGGAGUAUUAUGUCUAUGCCGCAGACAAACUUGUGCCAGGGUUCCCCAAACCUCUGACCGACUUGGGGCUUCCCUCGACUCUGACCCACAUAGAUGACGCCAUGGUUUGGGGUUACAAUGGCAGAACAUAUCUAUUCUCUGGGAGUAUGUACUGGAGGCUAGAUGAGGAAAUAGGGAAAAUCGAGUUGGACUACCCUCGAGACAUGGCUAUGUGGCGUGGAGUUGGAUACAACAUUGAUGCAGUCGCUCAACUCAAUGGAACAACAUACUUUUUCAAAGGCAAGGGGUAUUGGAGAUUCAAUGAUAUGAAUAUGAGGGUGGAGCAUCGUCUCCCCAAACCAUCCGCACCGUUCUGGAUGGGAUGUCCGGAGCCAAAAGGGGGAUGGUUUGAUUGGGAGGAAAAUUCUAUUGACAUCUACAACGAUAUUGAAAGUAGCUUUUCUAGCCAAUUCUUUGAUUAUGCUGACGACGAUGAUGAUGAUGAUUCUGCUGCACCUCAAAUUACUUCUACCAUGACUGUGUUGUGUCUUUGUCUCUCUUUUUCUUCAUACCUCUCACUAUAGCUCAAUAAUGUGCAAUUUUAAUGUUGUGAAUGCCUGUUUUCAUGGCAAACCAUUUAAGUUAGUGCACAGCACUAAUAUGCACUAGGCUGUACACAAAUUAUUUAUUACUUUCAUCGAUUAUUUAGAUAUGAUUUCUUUGUCGAAACUUCCUCAGUUGAUGUAUGUAUUUAUUUCAGAGUGUAUGAGACUCCUAACAAAGUAUAUCCUAUGUCCUUGAGUCCUGUCUGAUUUGUUAGGCCCACUGCCACUUUAGUUUUGUACUGUCCUACAAGCUUCUCUUUUUUCCUGACCAAUGAUGGUUAGUUAUUAAGAAUAUCCUAUCUUAAGUAUAGAUGAAAUAUGCCGACCCAGAAGUGGGCAACCCUAGUCAUAAUUAUAUAUUUUUACCUUUAACUUUACUCAUCCAUUACUGGAUCCAAAGCAAAAAGAUAUUAUUUUGAAUGAAAGUUUUUAUCUUGAAUAUAUUUUGUCUGCAUGUUUCAUGAAUGAGUGUCCAUACUUGAAGUGAUCAAAGAUAAUAAGAAGUCUUUCAAUUCACCGUCACAAGUGAAUUUAUCCAAAGAUGAGAUGACUAUGAAUGAAAAUGUUGGCUAGUUUAUGUCUUUUUGUUCUGUUCUUUGCAAAUAAUGAGUAGUUGAGGGGUGGAAAGAGUAACAUUUUCCCUCUGGUUUGAACUAGUAUGAUCUGCAAAAGUAAAAUUUUCAUUGUUUUGUGAUAAUUGAGGGAAGGAUAGAUGGUAGGUUGUGAGAGUUUUUCUCCAUUGUUACUUUCAUCACCAAAUUAAUGGAUGUGAGGCACUCCGGAAAUUCCUUGAGUUCUAUUGUAUAUAUUUUUGAAACAACUACUUAUUUUCAGGAGAGCUCUUAUGAUGAUCUGUGAUUUGUAGGUAUAUUUGCCACUCAACAUGAUAUGAUUUAUUUGGAGUGACUUGCUUCUGGAACAUGCAUUUAUCUACUCUCGUGUACUCUUUUUGUAAUUUUUUGAUAUUUUGGUUUUAUAAAUGUGAUAUUGAACCUUAAGUCCAUCUUUGUAAAAGUCUCAGUGCCUUGGAUGAUUAAACUUUUAUAAAAGAAA